AUGGUAAAAUAUCUUGUUAAAAAGGGCGCUGAUGUAAAUGGGGAGCAGAUCUACGGGUGGACGGUGUUGCACUCUGCUGCUACUAAAGGUACGCUAGAAAUAGUAGAAUAUCUUGUUAAAAAGGGCGCCGAUGUAAAUGGAAAGAAGACCAACGGGUGGUCAUUGCUGCACACUGCUGUUACGGAAGGUACGCUGGAGAUGGUAAAAUAUCUUGUUGAACAUGGCGCCGAUGUUGAUAAGGAGAAGACCAACGGGUGGUCAUUGUUGCACACUGCUGUUACGAAAGGUACGUUAGAAAUGGUAAAAUAUCUCGUUGGACGGGGAGCUGUGACUGGCACGAAAAGUGAAGGGGAAACAAUUCUGCACCAUGCCGUUAAUAGAGGUUCGCUAGAAAUGGUACAGUAUCUUGUUAAUAAAAUUGGUGCUGAUGUAAAUGCAAAGCAAACUGAGGGGUGGACAGUGCUGCACUAUGCUUUUACUAAAGAAACGCUAGAAAUGAUGAAAUAUAAAAGGGGCGCUGAUGUCAGCGACAAAUUUGAGAUUGUGAGAUAUCUAGUGGACCAGGGCGCUGAUGUAAAUGGUGAGAAUGCUGACGGAUGGUCAGUCUUGUACGUUGCUGUUGGCUGUAACGCAUUAGAAAUUGUCAUGUAUCUAGUCGAACAGGGGGCUAGUGUAAAUUGCAAGAGUCCUGAUGGAUCGUCAGUCUUGCACAGUGCUGUUGAUGCUGGUGGGUUAGAAAUUGUCAAGUAUUUAGUUCAAAAGGGCGCUGAUGUAAAUUGCAAGAGUCCUGAUGGAUCGUCAGUCUUGCACAAUGCCGUUGAUGCUGGUGGAUUAGAAAUUGUCAAGUAUUUAGUUCAACAGGGCGCUGAUAUAGCUCUUAAAAGUAAAAUCAGCGUUCAUACUCUUGGCAUUGACAUCCUCAGGAUGGCUGUUGAGGAAAAUUUAGCUGAUUUGGUCAAGCUUCUGUUGAAAAAGAACAUCGUUGUAUGGAAACCAGAAAAAUUCCUCGUCGAAGGAAGGCAAAUGAGUCUUCUUGAAUGGAGUAUUCACCUUGGUCAUGAUGAACUUGCAACUACCCUCAAAAGGUCCGUAAAACAUCGUGAAAAAAUUGAGAAGUUAGAAGAAAUUAAACGCAACCAGUUGAAAGAGAUCGAAAUACCAAUACCGAUGCAGGUUUUUGUCCCGAACAAGAACUUCAAAAUUGGUGAUGGUGGUAAUUCCUGCGUCUAUGUUGCUCUCAUGAAGGAUGGAAGUGAAGUUGCUGUUAAGAGAAUUUUGGUACAAAGUGAUGAUGAAGCCAUCAUUAACGAAAAGGAAAUCAUGAAUCUUAUUAAAACGGACAACUCUCCAUUUAUAGUGAACUAUCGACAUUUUCACCGUGACGAUACCUUCAUGUAUCUUAUUGUUGAUCUUUGCGAAGAAACCUUGAGGGAACUUGUUCAUGCAUGCAAUAUUGAACAUCUACAAGAGCAUGGUCCACGAAUGAUUAGGGAAAUUUUAUCAGGACUAGAAUUUCUUCAUGGUAAAGGAAUAUUGCACAGAGAUCUAAAACCAUCAAACGUCCUGGUUGAUAUCGAAGGUCGCAUGAAAUUAGCAGACUUUGGAAUAAGCCGCAUUCUAGAUGAAGAUGAAACGACGGUUGAAACAUUCGCAAAAGGUACUCCUGGAUGGAUGCCACCAGAAGUAAUUGAAGCAAUAGACAAGGAUGAAAAAAGUCGUUUCAAAAAGAAAUCAGAUGUCCACGUCGCGGGUAUGAUUUCCUUCUUCAUCUUAACUAAAGGUGAACAUCCUUUUGGUUCUUCGUUUGAUCGAAUGAGAAAUAUUUUGCAGGGGAAAUCUGUCAAUUUGGAGAAACUUGGUGACUGCAAAGCUCGUAGGUUUGUGUCGUGGUUGAUUAAUCACAAGAUUGACGAUAGACCUUAUGCUCACGAAGCAUCAAGAGAUUCUUUCGUUAAUGGACACUAAUACAAUCAAAACACAGUUUUGAUAACAGUUUGGACAACCUUGGAAAAAUUACGGUGCGAUAAUCCUGUGUGUAUAAACCCUUUUGAACGGACGGUUAAUGGGUCAAGACAAAUUUUAUACGAUUUAAGUUUGUCAUAGUACACAAAACAUUUCGCCAACGUUUUUCCAGACAGUUCAUAAAAUUCAUGAAUAAGGGCUUUGUAACUGUUUUUAAUCGGUUUUCAGCGUAGCCUCGUUGGUUAGCUGAUAAAACAUAUUAUUCUCGAGCCCAGGUCACUCCGCGUACUGCUGUGUCGUAAUAUGCGAGCGUGAAGACUUGGGUACAAGGAUGAACCACAACGAUACAGCUCUGGGUUACUUCACCCAAAAUAUCGCAGUUCCUAGUUCGAGAUUGCCGGCGAUGUCCUUUGUCGGUGUUUGAAGAUGUAUGGAAAAUUUUGCAAAUUGUGUGUUUACUGUCGUGCUUUGCGGGCUGAAUUCACGUCACAAUUUACUUCGGCUAAUUUUAAUGAAAUUUUUUGGUGGCCAUAAUUGCCAGUGAAUCCCUUUUCCAAAUUAACGUUUACUGGUUUUUCGACAUAGGGCCUGUUUACAUAGAGCGAGUUAUCUCGGCUAGGCGAGGUGACAACUGCAUACAAUAAACUAAUCAGUUCAUAAAAUAUGCUGAGCACAGUGCCCUUGUUGAGUACUACCUCUGGAGAUAGUGCCCCGUUCUUAAGCACCAUGCCCAAUUUCAUUUGGAAGCGUCAAUCAACAGAAAAGUGACGGGCACUCAGUCUGAACGCAAUUGCUUAAGACACUCAACUGAAAUUGUACGUAAAACCUGACCUGAUUUUUUAUCAUUUGUAUAUAUAGCAGUAUAGAUGUAUAACUUCAUAUCGGACGGACUGAAGUAUUUUCUUAGAGUAGUUUAAUCUCUCGACCGCACUGCAAAAGACAGAUCGUAUCUUGGGUGAAAUCCCAUGCACGUGUAAAAAUUUGUAAGUAUAAAAUUUUGUCGAAUGUAAAGACACAUAUCGAAAAGAAUAUUCGAGAUGCUGUACAAUUUACCAUUCUUUGCAAUUGUUGAAAGAAAAUCAUCCUGAAAGUUGUCAGACUACCCGCCAUCAGGAAGAAAAGUCACCUGAUUCGGAACAUAUCGUAAGUUAUCACUCCAGUUUUAUUAGAUCGCCUUAGACGCGGCCUUUCUUAGUCACUGAUCUCUAUAUCAGAUAUUAUCAGUCAUUGAACGCGAUUUUUAUGUUUAAAAAGCCAGGGAA